CGCGGGCUCGGUCGGCCGCGGGCUCCGACGCGCGGCGCCGCCCCGCGCCGUGCUCGGCGGCGCGGCGCCCGCGGAGCCGCAGAGGAGGCUCGAGGGCCUGCCCGAGAGGCACCUGCGGGCUCGGAUGCCCGCGCCGCCCGCGCCCCGCUGAACAUGGCCGCCCUCCCGCCACCCGCGCCCACGGGCGCUGGCGUCCGCCGGGCCCGCCGGGCGCCGAGCCGUAGGCCCACCCCGCGGGCCUGCCGGGCGAUCGCCUGCACAGCGCUCGCCCAGCUGCUCCUCGGCCCCGACGGCCUCCGGCCCUUCGCGGCGCUGGGGCCGCGCGCCCUCGGCUCCCGCCGGCCGUUGGUCGCCGCCUCGGCCGUCGCUGGGGGCGGCCCCGGCGGGAGCGGCGCCGGCGCCGACGCCGAGCUGGAGGCCCUGGAGGAGGCGGCAAAGGCCGCGCAGGCGGCGGUGGAGCUGGCCGAGGCGCGCGCGGCGGCCGCGCGCGCAGGUGCCGAGCUGGCCGCUGCCAGGGCGAAGGUCCAGGCGGGCGCCGGCGCCGAGGGCACACAGGCGAUCGACGCGGGAGCAUCCCAGGUGCCCUUCAAGGCGGUCGGCGCCGACGAGCCUCAGGCGGUCGACGUUGAGGGGCCGGAGGUGGUCAGGGUCGUUGCGCCUUGGCAGACCACCCCGCUGCUGGACGGCAUGCUGGCAACGUCUUUCACCCAGGACGAGGCGCGUCCCGCCGCGUUCCUGACGUCGCCGUCGGGCACGGCCUUCUUCAACCUGAUCGGCCGCUUCGAGGACACCAGGCUCGGCGACAGCGCCGAUGCCACUGUCCUCGGCAUCACGCUAGAGGCGUGCGCGCUCGGGCUCUGGGACUUGUCCCAGUUCGGCAACCUGGGCAAGGUCAGCGAGCUCGGCAAGCUCCCUGGGGUCGCCGAGCUCUCUGCCGAGGAGCGGAGGGACGCCGCCGAGAUCGGUUCCAUCAUGGAGCCGGAUAUGGUGGCGAGCUUGCUGUCGGCCAGGUUUUCCAAGGCUAGCGGAACCCUCCGCGGCUCGGACUGGCGGCCUUUCGUGAGGAAGCUCUGCGAGGUCGAGGGUCUGCCGGAGAGGGUCGACAGGAUCAUCAACUGGCAGGCCCUCUUCCCCCCGGGGCUUGAGAACAAGACCGGCCUCCCAUCUUCGCUGGCGAAGGCCUGGGCGAGUGAGAAUCCAGCGGGCAAGCCCGAGGAGGAGGGAGGGGCAUCAGCCAGAGUGGUUACUUCCAUCCUCUGGGAGGCUCAUAUCGGCCCCUGGGUCCCUUCUGGGCCACCCUCGGAUCUGCAGCCAGCGUCAGGCAACGCAGCUUAUCAUAAUGGUUGUGCAGAUCGCUGGUACCAUAAUGUGAAUUCAGCGUCCGAUUGUCGCCGAAGGGCUGGGAAGCGUCACUCCCCACAGGAUCGUGUUUGAGGGGCCUCUGUUGCUGCGCCUGCUUUGUAUGGCGAGGGACAAAAUCCGACCUUCAGCCAGCGCGGCGCAAAAGGCUACGUUCCUCGACUUCGUGAGGCACGUCAGUGCCAGCAAGCCCGGCACCUGGACCGACGCGGAGCUGGAUGCCUUAGAUGCGCUGUCGGAGAGGGACGAGGUGCUGCGGAAGGUGUUCGCGCGGGCCAACUCCGUCAGGGAGAAGUUCGCGGGCACGAUGAGCUCGGUCGCGAUGAUACCGGCUGCGCUGUUGGCUGCUCUGGUUCUCGCGUGCGUCUGCAUCUUCAGCGCCCUGAACCCGGGGGGCAGCGGCUCCGCCGACCUCGAAAGUCUGCCGCUGCUGACGCUGAAGGGGUGAGCCCUGUGGGCCACGGCUCGGCUGGGCACUCCUCCCUUCGAUAGACCGCUCGCCGGGACGCAGCGCACCCUUGGCGCGGCAA